AUGCUCGGAGCACCUGAAGAUAAAACUUCUAAGCUUAUCAGCUCCUUCGACGAUCUAUUUGAAGACGAUUGGGUAUGGUCGUCUUGUAUUGACUACAUAUGUGAGAUGCAGAAAGCGUUGGCAAGAAUUGGCUUUAAUGACCAUAUGACGAAGUACCACACGGUUGAUCAACUUCAAGAGUUUCAAAAUAAGAUUAAGCCACUAUUAAGAGAUCACUUCGAAAUAGAUAAUCAGCGCGAUGAUCUCAUCGCGCUGUUUCAGCUUGAUUCUGCCCUCUCUAGUCCGCCUAUCAUGAAGAUGCGGACUUAUGCCGCCUCGAUCGAAAGAACUUUUAUACGAGUCGGCGGUUUCCAGUCAGCUACAAUUCUGUUCAGAAGAAAUGUUGCUUCAUUAGAAAGGUUUGCAAAGCGUGGGUACUUCAAACCUUUCGUGAUUUGGCUUGAAGGUUUUGAAAAGUCGAUCGCAAGUUACCGUGAUCAUCCAGACCCAGCCGAAAGAUACAGAAUGCUUUGUGAUGAUAUAAAAAAGCAGUCCGCAGAUUUAAAGAUUUUCCACUGGCAGGAGUUGACGGACAUCAAGAAGUCGUUAAUCGACUUGUAUGACCAUCUCCAGAAAACACCUGCGUUGUCAACACAAGUUUGGGAGGAAUUCAAGAAGGUUAUUACUCCAGCGCUUCUUUCACAAAUACUUGGCGCCACGUAUUUUGGAGAGAAAGAAAAACUCGAUGGGAAGCAAAUUAACCAGUUUUUCUUGAUUAGCUCGAUAGCGAGCUUUGUAAAGAAAACGGACGUGCUCAAAUUUUUACCUCUCGCCCCUUGGUUGUUGGAUCAGUUGAUUAAGCCAACAAAGUUCUUCAUGCCUCCUUCCAGCAUCUCGCACCUUCCAGUAUCCAACGAAGGCUUACUACAGCUUCUGAAAGACACUGGAACGACAGCACAGGCUAUCCAUAUCGGCGGAAAGAUCCUCUUGAACAGAGGUAUCGAAGAGAAUGCAGUGAAAGCUUAUGUAACUGGGUUCGAAAAUGUUUUCAAAGAGUCUAAUGAAGAUGAGCAGCUCGUUAUCUUUCUGCUUUGUCGUUCAUUCUGUCACAAACUCAUGAAAUGUCAAAAGAGAGACGAGAUAGCCUCUGAGAUUCGUUCACUCAGAGUGUCAAUCGAAAAGGACGAGUUAUUGUUAUUGUGCGCUGGCAGGGAAAAUUUGAUCAGGCUGCUUGACAGAAUACUUCUUCUGGCCGGUGCACGCUUCUGGUUCAUGGAUACCUUCAGUCCUGACUCCGUCGAUCUUUACAUUCAAGGAAUUGCAAUGGUGAUAACCUUGGGUGUCCUCGUUGGUACUGCCCUGGCUGAUCAUGACUACCGCAAAGACUUGGUAGUGUCUUUACUGGCGAGUACUUUGGCAGCACUGGCACAGCCGUUGGUCAAUAUGCUUGAUAUCCUCGUACAACGGCAUCUGAAUGAUAAAUCACUGGAUUGA